GAAUUCCUUCUGGCGAUCGAUGUAACGUCGAGCGGCACCCCGGAGGAAAAACUCAAAUGGGCCUUCCGUAUGUACGACGUCGACGGUAACGGUGUUAUAGACAUCCAAGAAAUGACCAAGAUCGUCCAGGCCAUCUAUGACAUGCUGGGAGCCUGCUCGUCCAACCGCCCCGCCGAUUCGGCCGAAGAACGAGCCAAGAACAUUUUCGCCAAAAUGGACGAAAACAACGACGGACAACUCACGCAAGAGGAGUUCCUGAAAGGUUGCCUGCAGGACGAGGAGCUCUCCAAGAUGUUGGCGCCCUAAUGCGUUUAGUCUGCGACAACCGUCGAACGGUUCUCGAAGAACCGCCGGUAUCAUCCAUUCUUUGAUAAAAUUAAGAGACUUAUUAGGUGUGACCAAAAAAUUAGCAGAGACCACGACGCCGCAGGUUCAGUUGAAAUGACAGAAAACAAAAGGACAUCGACGAUGUAGGGACUUGUCGUAUAUUUCGUUUCGCCUCUCUCAUCUCUUUCUAUAAUCAGCUUUUUACUAAAUACAGCUUUUCGGAAUACUUUAGGAUCGGACAGGCCUAUCCACGCGCGCGAACAUGGCGUCUAGACGGGAGCGGUCAUCACCUGUGUUAUGUAGUCGUUCUUCGAAAUCAACAAACUUGGGGCGUAAUCUUUAUAAGUAUAGUCACUAGUGACAUCCGCGUUCAGAAGGUUCACCUUCCGAAUAUAAUGAUAUAAUAGUCCAACUGAACAUCGGAAAGAAUUAUCCAUCUACUUAUAAAAAUACUUUGAUCGGUAGAUAAGUUGGAAUAUAACGUGAUACUGGAAACGAAAAUGACAGUUCUAGAGUCCAUCUGCUAGCCUAAGACCUGUUGAAUUUUAAGUAUAUCAGGCAACUUGAAAUCCAUAAUAGGCAACUUGAAAUCCAUAAUAGGCAACUUGAAAUCCAUAAACGUACUGUAUCGAUGUUAGUGGUUCCGAAAUAUGGGGUCUGGUGAGACGUUUGCUGCGUACUCUAUAUUUGCAAAAAAAUUUCUAACGCAUUGCAUUUUUGAAUCGAAUAUUCUUGAUAAAAUAGUAGUGCAUCGAACGUAUGGCUCGAAUCGUUACACUUUUUUUUAAAUGAUUAAUCUAUAUAAUAGUAUACGGACUUCCAUUGUCUAAUAU